UAAAAUCUAGUCAAUCUUUUGUCGACUUUGAAAAAGCUUUUGAUAGUGUCGACAGAGAAUCUAUGUGGGCUGUAAUGAGACAUUAUGGGAUCCCCAAUAAAUAAUAACCAUAAUCAAGAACCUUUAUGAUGGUUUCACCUGCCAAGUAACCCACUGUGGCAAGCUGUCAGAGGAAUUUCCAGUCACAACAGGAGUCAAACAGGGAUGUCUUCUUUCACCACUCCUGUUCCUUCUAGUAUUGGAUUGGGUCACAAAAGAAGCCUACUCUAAUGCAAGGAAAGGAAUCCAAUGGACUCUCACACAAAAGCUGGAAGAUCUGGAAUUCGCUGAUGACAUAGUCUUAUUAUCACACAAACUACAGGAUAUGCAAGAAAAGGUCACAGCUUAAUCGAAGUAGGAAAAAGAGUAGGCCUCAAAAUAAACCACCAAAAAACUAAAGUACCAGUACUUAAAGUAAACAAUAAACAAAUUGGAGACAUAGUACUGGAUUCUCAGACAAUAGACCAAGUAGGAAAACCAGUGACUUGGCAGAAUUUAGGUCAUUGUUUAAAAUGCAUGACGAGUCGGACGUAAUCAUCUUCUUCUUUGAAGUAAUGUCUGUAUCAUAUAAGAUAAGUUAAGAUAGAAACUCUUUCCAUAACAGGCCUAUCCAUUCUUUUAUGUCAUGUUCCCAUUGCUUUCUCUGUCUGCCUCUUCUUCUUUUUCUGGAACUGCUCCCUGAAGGAAGGUCUUAGUAAGCUCUGAGAACUUUGUUAAACUUCCUUGUGAUAUGGUCAUAGAGUUAUAGUCCUAGCUGCCUGGUCAUGCGGUUCGCGUGUUGGACUGUCAUUUAGAUUUAUCGAUGGUCCUGGGUUCAAACCCUGCCCGCUCCCAUCCCCCGUCAUCCUGUGGGAAGUAAACUAUCUUCAACUCAGAAGGAACAUACGAAACAUGUUCAACAUUUUACCAACAUUUUAGUUUUUGUUUUUCUGACAGUAGUUAGCAGGUCUUUGUAGAGCCCAAUCACUGUAUCAGUCCUGUCUCUAAUCUCUUCGUUUUUGAUGCGUUCUUUGUAACCUAAAAUCUUUCUGUAGCAUCCAUUGAUAGGAUCCUUCUCUCUAUUUCUGUAGUCAGUGUCAAAGUUCUGCAAGCAUAAAAGAUUCAAGGUUUAGUCUUAGUCAAAAAGAGUUGAUAACAUCUGAUUAUCUGUAGGUCUAGAUUUCACAUUAUGUCAUUUUUAUUCACUCAGUCUUGGACUCUUUAACUCUAUAAGUUAAGCAGUUGUUAAAGUUAAAAAUUAUAAUCUAGAAUCUAGACCUUUGGCUCUGGUUCUAAAGAAUAGAGUCUAGAUCUAAACAAUAUAAUUAAAAAAUCUAGAUCUAAAUUAAACAUUGUUAGAUGCACAUUCCAUAUUAUUCUGUGAAUGGCACUGCCUUCCAAUCAUUUGAAUGGUCAUAGAUCUAGAAUAGAUCAAUGAAUAUGAUAAAAUUAUUUCACAAUGUCAAAAUUUACCUGAGUAGUAGAAUGGCAAAAGUUUACUAAAAAUAAAAACUUACUUGUUAAGUUGCUCUCUUAACUUAAGAAAGUAUGGCUGCCUGGUUGUAUGGUAUGCUUUUUUUUUUAAUUUUGAAAAUUACUAAUGGAAAAAAUCUGACAAUAUAUCAUCUGGGAUCACUAUUCAAAUGAAGAGCUCUAGAGGAGAUAAGGUCAAGCUGCUUUUGUAUAUUGUGUAAAAAAGGCAAUAAGAUGAAUGAACUUGGUUAGUUGGUGUUGCUGUCACAUACACAAUCAAUAUUUUUUGCAUCAGUGUUUCAUUUAAAAGAGGAGGGUGCAUUCUUUAGUACUUUACACUGGUGGUUGUUGUUGGGUGUUGUUUUUUUUAUUUCAGUGCAUUUUACCUUGGAUAAUUUGGAUCUAAAAUAUGGUAAACAUAUCAAUAAUUAUAAGUCCAAAGUGCUAGUGAAUUGAGGGAAUCACUGCAACUUGAAUGCAAUACAUUUUAGUUACAAGAUUUGAGAAAAUACAUAAAACUUAUCAGUUAAAUAAUUACGCUGGUCAAAACAGCCAGCACUAAAAAGGUAGCACCAAACAUCUAGCCGGCUAUUUGAAAGGUGGUCAAGAGAUUUAACAAAAAAUUCAAACAUAAAAACUAAAAUACAUAGCCAUAACAUUAUCAAAAGAUAUUGUAAUUUCACAGUUGAUUGAAAACAGGUAUUAUACAAAAGAAUAAGAACAUUUUAUCAAGCACAACAUUUUAUAGUUUUGUAUUGACUAUAGAGAAUUGUAACAGUGGAAAAGAUUGUCUGUGAAAGAAAAGGAUGGUAUUAUUGCCAUUUAUGUAGGUAGAUACUUAGGUUGAAGUGCCUACUAUAAAUUGCAAGGCUAAAAUGAAUUAGUUCAAAAUUAGGUCAAAUAAUAUUUUAUACAAAUGUAUACUCGUUUUUUUUUUAAAUAAUUAAUGUAAAUUAAAAAAAAAUAAUUGACUGAAAUAAGAUCCUUUCUGUCAUAAAUUAGUGCCAUUUAUAAUAUGGCCCUCUUUUAAGUACUUUGUACUCUCCAGUACUUUUUGACAAUCACUUAAUAAAUACUUAAACAACAUUUUCUUCAUUUUGUGUAUUUCUGAAGGUCAUCAUCUUUGUUGACAGCAUUACAAGUUACUUCCUAAUGGUGACAAGGUAACAGUUCAUAACUGUGCUUAAAGGCACAAUCAAGUUGACUAUAAAGUAGAAUUGAUAUAAAGAAAAAAUCCAUGUUCAUUACUGGUGAAUUAGUGAACAUUAACUAAUAAUUAGUUAUCAUGGUGUCAAACUCCACCGAAAGUCCCCCUAUACCAUUUGAAACUAUAACUACUCUUCCUCCUUGUCAAUGGAUUUUAUUCAAAGAUAUUAAUGGAUCUGGGGUUAAAUGGUGGGAUGUGUUGAUAUUGAUUCCAAAUAUUAUCUUCAUGAUGUUCUUGUUGUUGCGUCUGCCGGUUACCAUAAGGAAGCUACAUUCCACCGGCACUCCCAUAUUUGCAGCAUUUUAUGGUUUGAUUUUGUUGGUCUCCAUAAUCAGUUUGUUGAGAUGUGUUGUAGCCAUGACAGUAAAUGCUUCCAUCUCUACUGGCAUCAUAGUAGAUAAGAUAUUGUGGCUGAUUCUAAAGUUUUUCUUAUUGGCUACUGAACUGUCUGUUGUUAUUUUUGGUCUUGCUUUUGGUCAUCUUGACAGUCGAACAAGUAUUCAGAGAGUUCUGUUUGUCACCUUUUCUGUAUCAUUAGCUUAUUCUAUCGUGCAGGGAACAUUGGAGUUUGAAUAUGACCAUCCCUUCACCCCUGGAAACAACAGUAACAUAAACAACAGUACUGUAAGCUAUGACAUGUUUGCUCAGGGUGGAAUGAUUUUUCUGUUUACCACUUCCAUAUUCUUUGCUUUGGUCUAUGCAAUCAUUGUCAUUCUACCCUUCACACGUUUCAGAGAGAGAUUUUUUUUGCCUACUAAGCCUUUGUUUUAUUAUUACUGCUCUUCUCUGGCAAUGUUAAAUCUGGCCCAGGCUGUCGCAAGCAUUUUACAUUAUUUAGAUGUAGUGUAUAGCCUUUGUGUUAUAGAUGCAACAAUGUAUUUGUACUUUUCAUUUUAUAAUCCUUUGGUGUAUGGGGUUUUCCUGUGGAAGUUUUUCAAAGCCACUCAGUCAGGUGUACCCUUUUCUUACAAACACCAUGAGGAUGUCAUAGAUGAUGAGCAUGUCAUAUUGCCCUACAGCAACGGGGCUGCAGCCAUCAAGCAAGAAGAGCAGUCGCCUAUUUAUUCGUACAAUAGCACCCAUUUUGAUGUUCCGUAUAGCCCAAACAGGAGAGGCAGCAGCAGCUCUGACCUGAACUCAUCGUUCAAACAUAGUGUGUCCAUCAAUAGUGACUAUUACAAUAUCUCUGUGGACACAUAAGCAUUUCCCAUAUGGAGAUAAGUUGUUUUGCAAUAGUUGGUCACAUGCUUAUAAUAAAAAAACAAAUUGUUGCAUUUUUAUUCAUUUAUUGCUGGUAUAAUAUGUUCCUGUUGUAACUGAGCUACUUGCUCUUGUAUAGUACUGAUGUUGAUAUGAGCUGCAUGUGAGCUUGCAAGCUUCAUUUUAUUUAUACAGUCAUUUUUUUUUUUCUUUUUUUUUUUCAUACUAAUCCAUAACUUCUGUGAUAACUUUACUGAGCAUUCAUAAUCUGAAAACUAGCCGUUUUACACAGAGUUUGAAUUACUAAUCCCUUUUGUAUUUUAGAAGAUUUAAUAUCAAGUACUUCUCUCCCUGUCUUUCUUGCAAUGACUUUUUUUAGUCUUUUGGUUUUUUUUGUUCUAUUAAGAGUUUCUAAAUAAAUACAGUUGUUCAUUCUGUUUACAUUGGUCCUGCUGAAGAAUGGUUAUUUGAUUUUAAAGUAGAAAAAUCCACAUGUACACACUUGAUACCCAAAGAAUUGUUAUAAUAUUAGCUUUUUUUUUAAUAGCUUUUUCUAUAAUGCAACAUUCAUGCUUUAGCAUGCUUGAUACAAUAAUGUUAUCAUUAGCUUAUUUUAGGUUCUGAUUACUGCAUAGAUAUAUACAAAUUAUCGAAGUUAUAUCAACUAAUUAACUUAUUUAUUUUAACUAUGCUAAUAUAAAGAAUUUUUUCAAUAACAGAAAAUAUUAAAUUAUUUCAUGUAUAAAAUAUAAUAAAAGAUGACUUGUUGUAAUUUUGAAUUGUUAGUCACUUUUAUAUUGAUUUUUUUUUUUUUACAAAGUAAUUACUAUACUGAUAGUAAUUAAUUAUCAACUUGUUUUUCAAUUAAAAUUGUUUUGUUUUAUUCAAUUGAUUUUUUUGUUUUGUAUAUUUUAAUUUAUUUUAAAGUUUAAAUAUUUCCUCUUUACUGUAAUUGUCUUUCAUGUAAAAUAUUUUUUAUGGCUUCAUUUUGUUGUAAAAAAAAUACAUGCUUAAAAUAGUUUUCUUUUUUUUUGUUCCUGUUAAAAGGCAUGGACUCUUUUUGACAUGAGAAAGAAUUUGUUCUGAAUAAUUCUACUUUUAAAUACCUUUUUUUUUUCAUUUAAUUAUAAUUCUAUUGUACAUCAUUUUGAUAAUUUAAAAAGAAAAGGUAUAUAAUUGGGUUAAGUAUCAUAAAUUUAGUAUACAUAGUAUCAUACUAAUAAGUCUGUUCAUUAAGCUUAUGUGUUUCUGUAACUACUUUAUGUAAGCAUUUAACUAAGUUAUUCUUUGAUAAAUCUCCACAAUAAAUUAUACUUGUUGUUUUGUUUUAAAGAAUUACAAUUUCUUGUAUGAACAGUUGCCCGCAGUAGGCCUACAUACUUUAUAUGUAUGUGUAUAUUGGAGUCCAGUAAAAAUUCUAGAAAAACUUUUCACUCCUAAAUAAUGUUAUUGGCCCCUUCCCCCUCCUUUAAGCUGAUACAGGUUCAUUAGUGCUGCGGAGCUGUCAUACCAUUAAUUUGUUUUUAAGUUGACAUAUUCUGAGCAGCUCCCUUCUUCCAACAGCAGAACAGAAAUCUUCCCACAUGACAUUUCUGUUCAAUGUGUCCAUAUUUUUUUUACUGUCCAAUCACAUGUUCAGAGUGUUUACAUUUAGGAUUCAGAUACAAAUUAUGCAAAAUAAUUACUGGUAUCUUUAUUGUAUAUGAUGCAUUCUUUUCAUGUGAAAUUGUGUUUAUGCUGUGGUUUAAAGAUAUAUUUUUUUUAAGCUUUUCUUUCAUUUAACAUCAUUAAGACAUGAUCUGGUUAGUCGGAUUUCUCAUGUAAAGUAUAUGCAUCAGUAAUCUGUGGUAAAUGGAUAUCCUAAUUUAAUCCUUGACAGGAUUUUAAGACUGUUAAUAUUUCAUCUUCACUCAAAUUUUCAGACUCUUACUUAGGUUAGUUAGUUAGAUCCUCUAGCGCGGCAAGCUGUCUCCUUAAAGAUCUGUUACUGGCAAUGUCUGCAGCCUCUUCCCACCUGGUGUCCAUUGCUCUGAAGUCCUCUGUGAAAGUGUGGCACCAAGAUAUACAUGGUCAUCCCUGUUUAAGAGUUCCUCGUAUUGGUAUAUGUAGUUCAUUCUGUUGGAAUACAUGCGACACGUAUGUCACAACCUCUUGAAUUGGUCGUGUCCCCAGUCAGCAUAGGAUUUCUUUAUUGUGCCCCGACUCCUAAAAUCCUUCUUAGCCCUUUUUGCUGAGCCACAUUUAGCAUUUUCUUGAUUUUUGCAGAUGACUUCCAUGUCUCACAUGCAUACGUUUGCUGUUGGGAUGCCGCUUGUGUUGAAUAGGUGUUUUUUUUUUUUUUGCUCAAUUCCAAUAGCUUGGCUUGUCCAAAGAGGUCGCAGCCUUUGAAAAAUGGUCCCUACCUUUCCUAUUCAGCAUGCUAUGUCAUGAUAGGCAUCCCCAUCAUUUGCUAUGCUGCUGCCUAGGUAUGUGAACUGACUGGCCCACCUUUGCUGUAUAUCCCACUCACACAAGUUUAGUUUUAGCCAAGUUUAUGCGAAGGUCAAUUUUGUGUGCCUCUCUCUCCAGGCUCUAUGUCAUUUCUUAUACACAUUUACUUGUAGACCCAAGUAGUGCAAAGUCAUCAGUGAAGUCCAAGUUCGUCAUUUGAUUCUGUUCACACCAUGGAAUACUAAAGGCAUUCUGAUUCAUUGCACUUGUCAUUAUGUAGCCAAUGGCUAGGAGGUAGACAAGAUGCACCCUGUCUCAGUGCUAAGAGCAACUAGAUUGACUGUAGUAGAUGGUCUUCUCUGAGCCCCUUCUCUACAGCCUUUAGGUGUCCUUUCAACUGAACAAUAUUGAAAACUUUGCACAGAAAGGAGGGUAAUGUCCAUCCAGUUGUUGCAAUCUGCCUAGUUGCUUUUUUAAGGAAGCUUUACAAUGGCUCAUUUUUGCCAGUCUGCUGGGACUUAAGAAGUCUGCCAACAGAGAUUUAAGAGAUCAGCCAUUCUUUCUUUUAGACUCAAACAGUUUCUUUAUCAUGUUAUCAAAAAGCCUUAAAUGAUUUUCUAGCUUGCUUCAAAAAGUUUAAUUAAAAAUAUAUUUUGAUACAUUGUUGUUUAGUCUGUUUCAGGUACAAAAUAAAUAUAUUCCCUAUUUUUAUAUCACAAU